AUGAACAUUGACCUCUCAUGCAAGUCCAUCUGCGAGCUGUGCUUUGACCGCGCGCAAGCGACAGCGGAGGAGGCGCUCGUUGCGAGUCGCGUCCAGACGCUAACGGCCCGCCACAAUCGCAUCGAGCGCAUCGUUGGCCUCGGUGCUCUCUUUCACAGCCUAACACACCUAGACCUCGCGCACAACAACCUCAGCGCCGUGAGUGACGGGGGGGCAUGGCUCGCCGCGCUACCACCAUCGUUGUGUGCGCUGAACAUCUCGCACAAUGGUCUGUGCGGUUUCAGCAGCAGCAGCAGCAGCGACGCAGUAUGGAAGGGCGGCAGUGAUGUCGGGGGCCCACAUGCUGUAACAGUAGCAGCAGUGGAGGCAACCCUAGGGCGUCUUCGCCGCACGUGUCCACUGACGCUAGCUCUCUUCUUCAGCCGUGGCCGGUUCCCGCAGCUGCGUGAGCUUGACAUUUCACACAACACGUUGCGCCUCACGCUAGCGGAGAGCGACGCGGUGGAGAAGAAAUGGCUUGACGCCGUCGAGCGACCAAGCGCGGCGUGUGUGCUCGGCGCGGACGAGCAUGCGGUUUGGCGGCAGCGCACCACAUGCGCCGUGGAGGUUUUGCGUCUUGACGGCAAUGUCCACCUGUCGGCCCUCAACGGCAUGCUAUGCGGCAUGGAGGCUGUGACACACCUUCAUGCAAUGGGGACUGGCGUGGCAGACUUGACGGCGUUGUCAGCGGCGGCCACCUUUUGCCCGAAACUGCGCUGCCUCGACAUGCGCAAAAGUCCUGUGGUUGACGCGUUCGUUCGUGCACCGCGGGCGACGAUUGUAACAUUUGUUGAGUUGCUGCUUCUACCCGCGCUCCUUGAAAAGGCAGUGAACUACGAGCAGUGGGAGGGGGAGGAAGGACGUGUCGCACUGCAGCGCACCCUUCGAGAAGUUACGCAUCGUCACAUGGAUGAUAUAGAAGCUGCCGUUUUGAAUCAGCAAGGGUGCGGCGGUGAUAAUCUGCCACGGGUGCUUUACGCAGCGCUGCUGCAGCAGGUGAUCCCGCAGGUGGUGGAGCUCGACGACGGCAUAAACGUGGAUGCAGUGCGGCGGGGCUUCAUGAAUGCAGCACAGGAAGUUCUUCAACGCUUUAUAGACAUGAACGAUAGAAGAGACAUGAGGUGUAACAAAACCCUCAAGCAGGACAGGUUUAUUGUGGACGACGUGUGCCCAUCAGUGGAGGAGGGGAACAAAGAAGAGCAGCAGCUGCCUAACGUGACACAACAAAGGCAGGGGACGUCUCAUACUGACGUAGACGCGUCGACGUCGUUGUCGUCGACAUCUCAGGUUAUGAAUGGUCCAAGAAAGAGCAGCCCUGUUGUGCGAAAGGGUCGUGCAUUUCUGUCCAGCUCUGUGGUUGUUGGUGACACUGCUGUUGGGCGUAGCGGACGUGAAAGGUCACGCAGUGCACACGGUAUAAGCAUGGCCGCUGCUGCAGCUGCUGCUUCCGCACAGCUUCGGCCUGCAGUGCUGGUGACGAAAAAUCCAACCUCCGGUGUUCCAGCUACUUCGGAAAAUAGUCAAAAUGACAGCAAUAAUGUCCAUAGAGAGUAUGAACCGGUGACGACAGUAAGUACUAUAAACGCACACAGAAGCAACAAUGAUGGUUACGGCGGUGUGGCUCUGGACUCCAGGAGGGGAGCAACACGCCAAGAGAGGCAAAAAGUUGCACCCCAUUCACCGCUUUCUUCCUCCACUUCCCCCACCGCUGUUGCUAUUGUUGACACACAGGGGGAUAACAGCAGUGGUUGUGAAGAAAGUGGUAGUAGUGGCCGCUUUCAGCGUGCCCUAGCUGCUUUGACACCGCUGCUGGUGCAGCGGCUGCGUGGAGAGGGCGUGCCGAACAAGCAUGCUGUCAUGAAUGGCAACAACCGUUCCUCUAGAGAUGACCCCAACAACUCGGCCGCAUCGACAACAAUUACAUACACCAGCACCACCAACACAUCGGCUGCAUACGAGGCGCUGGUGGAAAAAGCACGUGCCCUCGAGGAGACCCUCCUUGGGUCGCAGGAACGUCAGCGAGGUAUGCAAGAGUCUGUGCUGCGACUGAAGGAGCAGCUGCAGCAGGACCGCCGACUUAUUAGCGACCAGCGCAAGGAGGCGUUGCGACUGCGUCAUGAGCUUGACGCACUCAUAGCCGCGAACAAGCGCACGAAGCAGAAGCUAAAGAAGCGUCAGAAGGAGAUUGCCUACGGUACGGCUGCGUUACAACGGCAAGAGGUUGUAGCGCAGCGCAAGGCCGCACUGGAGCAUAUUGCGCAGGAGGAGAAAUCGCUGCAGCAAGCUGAGCGGCGCCUUCGUGAGAAGAUGGCACUGAGCAGGGUGUGGUCGUACUCGCAGAUGGCCAGCCCAACGGGAAUCCUGGAGGGUGAUGGGGGGGAGACGACGAUGGGUGCUAGAAGCAAUGGGCCGCAUGUGCUGCGGAAAACUCGCGCCGACUUGCUUCGCGAAACUGCGGUGCGGGAGCGGAUGGAGAUUAUGAAAAGGGAUGAACCGCUGGCGUACAAUGUGCGAAGGUUUCGCCCUGGUGAAUUCCCCUUGAAUGGUGUGGAGGAAGGCGGCAACUACAGGAGGAGCUCCACCACGGCAGUUGCAGCACUUCACCGGCAGGAGCCGGAAGAGCAACAGCGAAGCACAUGUGACAGGAGGCAGGGGGAGGAGCGUAUCCAUGGAAAGACGCCGUGGCGCAGCAGAAAGCUGAGGAGGAGCAGAAGCAGCAGCGGUGACGCGGCGUCGUCGGCUCGGACGACAGAAGCAGUGGAGGAGCAGCAGUCAUUGUACGACAAGGGCUACAACCCCUACUACGACGAUAAAAGUGAAGGGGAAGGAAUUCACCACCAUCGGUGGAUACAGGAGCUUUCACUGCAGCAACUUUUUGAAGAGGCAGCGGCUUUGCAGCAGCGGCAGCACAUCUUGCAGCAGCGUGUACGGGAUGUUGGCUUAGGUGGAAAUACAGAGGGGAUGCAUGAGACGAAUAAAGAGAGCCAUAUGGUGGUUCACCAUGAGCCCAUCAACGGUGAUUUUUGCGUCCGCAGUGGCGAAACCAGAGUGCCCUUGGCAACGAAAACACCCCAAACAUGUAUUGCUGCGCUGCAGGAGAAUAAGGGGCCCGCAUCGUUUGUCACUGCAGAUGACUCCUCUUGGAGUGGUGCGCAUAAUCCCAGCAGCACCCCAAAUAAGAAAGAUAACGACAAGAACAACGAUGACGAAGACGAUGACGACUCUGUGGAUAUUGUUGUGUCGGUGGCAGAGAACCAGACGCACAACGACUUUAUUGUCUCUGUUGUGUCUCCCUCUCUAGUCAAUGAGGAGGGCUCUGUGGGUCCACAGCCACAGCAGCAGGAACAGCAAACAAAAGCGAACGAUCCUCUUGUACCUUCCGGCCCUCCUCCUUCACCGCCAGCAGCACCUCGUGCGGCAGAGGAGCACUUCUCUGUGGACGCUCGCAGUAUCUAUGCUGAGAUAAUGCGUCAGCGACAACAACAACAACAGCAGCAGCAGCAGCAGCAGUCAAAGACAAAGGAGACGCUAGAAAUCCCCGGUACUGUUAUUGACGAAGUGGGAGAGCCAUCUCCAGUGGCUGUGGCGAUAGAAGGUGAGCCGAGCAGUCUCUGCAAAGGGGCAGGCAGUCGAGGUCUGGCGGAUGCGGAAGAGAACUGUGACGAGAGCGGGGCUGAUGGUGGCGUUGAGACCACAACGCGACGUGCACUUUUUUCCUGA